AUGAAGGCGAAAUAUCCUGACCUGGAGAUGCCGUGCAAGACCAGACCUGAGAGGCUGGUUUCCGCAGAACCGGAAGAACAGCAAGAGGAGGGCGCGAGAGAAAAGGAGGGACACAGCCCGGAAGAAGUGAGCAAAGGGGGAGGAGACCGGAGAGCGGAGCAAUCGGCAAGAGCCGUCGACGGCCAUGAGGAGGGAACGAGGGGGGAAGGCGUGAGGAGGCCUUCUUCGGGCUAUUCAACAGAGCAGGACCGAAACAGAGGUCAACAGGAAAGCAGUGACGGAGACUGCUGUGCGCAGUCACUGCGCCGUCGCCCAAUGCGGCUUCCUCCCGUCUCCUCAGAGACAGCAGACGGCGGCGACGCGGGGUCACGAGGCAGCCAAGAAAUCACAGAAAACGCAAAGCACGAAGAUGUGGCCGGUGCAAUGCGAGGCGAGAACGUCACAAACCCCGGAGAUAUCGAGAAAAACCCUUCCACAUCUAGCGUCGCCUUCUCUUGUCUCGAAGCCGACCGUGAUCGGGAUGGGCAGAUCAGGGAGCGCGCGGCAUUUCCCGACCGUCACAGUGCACGGAAUUCCUCGCUCUCUCUGUCGCCGGAGAAGAAAAAGUUUUGCCUCGCUUCUCUUCCACCACCUAGGGCGACCGGCGCAUCCUCCUUCGGGUCUGAAGGCGAGCGGGCGAGUGAAACCUGCGAAACGUUCACGAGAGACCAAGAAAAACAGUCCUCAGGGCAGACUGGAUGCGGAGUCAAAGGGAAGACGUGGCUGAAGCUGCCUCCUCCGGCGAUGAAGAAAAGUGAAGACGAACCUCUCACCUCUUUGUCCUCUGUCUCUUCUCCUCCUGUCUCUGCGUCGUCUGCUUCUGUGUCUUCCCUGUUCGGUUCUUCUGGAGAGCCCUCUUCUGACCGACGUGUAGAAGGAAGAAGCGGUGCGGCAACGGACCGUCUGAUCAGUUCUGGUGUCUCGUCUGCGGAGAGAUUGUGUUCAAGUGCAGAUGCACUCGCGAACGAGGCUCAGGGCGGCGGGGGGGACAAAGAGAGAGACGCGCAGGCCGCAGAAGAAUGCAGUUCAUUCCUCAGUCUCGAUGUCGGAAAAAUUCGAGAGAAGCUGAGGGAGCGAAGAGAGCGGGCUAGCGGAGACAUCUGA